AUGUUUUUAACAGCGUCAAGCCAGGACGGUAAUAAAACUCAAACAGUUUUCGAUUAUUGUUUACAUCCAGAUUGUUCUUUAGAAAACCAACAUACUAUGUGCGUAGCUAAGAACAAGCACAGUUCGAGGUUGUUUGCUUCAGGUAUGACCACGUGGAUGAAAUAUCAAAUUUUACAGCUACAUAAUCGACAUAGAGAUAAUAUUGCCAUGGGACUAGAAGCGGGACAGCCGCCGGCAGCAAAUAUGAGAAAGUUUUAUUGGGAUUUUGAACUUGAAGAAAUGGCUGAGAUCUGGGCUCGACAAUGUCAAAAACGACACGAUGAGUGUAGAAAUACCAUAAGGUUUAAUGUUAUUCAAAAUAUGGACGUGCGACCGGUGGUGCCCAGAGUAACAGAGGCGCAAAUAUUAGCAGACGCAGUAGGCGCAUGGUUUUCAGGAUCGAGAACGCUGCCUCCUGAGUACGUUUGGUCUUUUAGACCCACGAAUUGUAGCGCACCCGGUGGCUGUAACGCGCAUUGGUAUUCUGCGGCAGCGUGGGCAUCAACUUGGCGAAUAGGUUGCUCGCAAGCUUUGUGUACAGCAAAACGCAGUUCAUGUAUUUUAUUUCGUAAAAGACGCACUCCACGACCCGUACUUAAAAACGUUUCAGUUAAUGUCACACGCACGCCUAGUAAAGAAAAUCUGUUACGUCGAACAAAAUACAUGACAACUUCUAAAUCAAGUAGAUUUGAAGAUUUCGAUAAAACAACUAAAAAAGCUCGCGAUGGACUUGAAUCUCCUCUUUAUAGGGGCAAUCUAGAUAUUGAUAAAGAAAAGAAAGAAAUGGAGCCCGACAUUAUGGCAUAUAUUUUCUGUAAUUAUGGGCCCGCUGGUAAUAUUGAUGGUUUUCCAGUAUAUGAACCCGGUCCAGCUUGUAGCAACUGUCCUUCGGGAACGAGAUGUGGCAUUGGAACUCAUAGAGCUUUAUGCUCCCUUUUAGACGAUCCUGAAAUGAAACUGGAA